AUGUGUUAUCACUGGGUGAGUGACCAGGGAUCCCACUUCAAGAACGAGGUGAUUGCCGAACUCAAGCAUGCGCUGGGGGCACAUCAUCAUUUUACCACGGCUAGAUGUCCGUGGGCGAACGGAACAGUCGAAAGUGCGAUGAAAACGACCCUCAAGGCGUUCCGUGCACUCCUGUCCGAGUGGUUGAUGCAGCCAGACCAGUGGCGGCUGAUUGUCCCAGUGGUGAUGUUGGUCCUUAACCAAAGUCCGUCCGACACACUUGGUGGUGUGGCACCGAUUACUGCCAUGACGGGUAUCCGAGCGAUGUCGCCCUUGGAUCGCAUUCCAAGUCCGGCGGCGACAAAAGUUACAACGUUACACGACUUACUGUCGUGGCGAAAUGAUGACAUGGCGGCGAUGGCAACCGCCUUGGACAAGAUGCAUGCGACGGUGUUGGACGCUGCGACAAGAAAGCGUCAGAAAAACCGUAAGAUCGAAGAAAAAAGGUGCGGAAAUGGCACAGUUCGACGUGGGCGAUUUUGUGCCGACGACGCCUUGGAGGUGACGGACGAACUGCUGCGCCACAUUGCGCACAACGCCGACAGCCAGGUGAUCGAUCAGUUCCUCGACUGCCGCUACAACAAUCGAAUGGCCUCUUUUGAAAUGUGUGUGCACUGGUGCGGCCUACAAGCAAUUGAAGACUCGUGGGAGCCGGCGGCCAACUUGUUGGAAGACAUUCCAACUGAGUUCAAGCGCUACGUGCGCUCAAACAAGGCCGAACCCCAAGUCAAGGCAAUGGCAGCUGCGUUGGGCGUGACGCAAUCGUUGGGGGGGUUUGUUGCGAAUUUGCCAUUCGCAGAACCCCUGAACCCCUCCCAAGAAAGUAUCCAAGUGUUCCAUUAG